AUGGCAUCUACAAAUCACAGUGGUAUUUGUGGUUCUCUCUGGUUAACUUGUUCUCAACUAGUUUCGUGUGGGUCUUCCAAUAAUGUUUGUUAUCAACCUGAUCACUCAUGUGUUCGUCAUCCUCGAUGUUAUGCUCAUCCAGUCUGUUAUCCGUUAUCUAUGACGAACGAACGACUUUGUCCUAGUUUACCAAAACCUGGUGAUGGUAUUUGUACAAAUGCGAGAUGGGCUCAAAAUGGUACCACAGUCGCUGGUGGCAAUGAUCAAGGAUCUGAACUCAAUCAAUUGGCUGACCCAUUCGGAAUCUUUGUUGAUGAUAAUCAAUCUGUUUAUGUGGCCGAUUUUGGAAAUCAUCGUGUUGUGAAAUGGGAUCGUGGAGCAUCAACUGGUCAGCUAGUCGCAGGUGGACAUGGAUCAGGAAACCAUGAUAAUCAAUUGAAUUAUCCGAGCGAUGUUCUCGUCGAGAAGGAUGGAACAAUAUACAUUAGUGACAGUUAUAAUCGACGAGUUCAGCGAUGGCUUCAAAGUGCUCAAAGUGGAGAAACAGUUAUUGGAAAUAUCGCUGUCCAUGGCAUAGCACAAGACGAUGAAGGAGCACUUUAUGUGUCUGAACCGGAAAGGAAUAGAGUGAGCAAAUGGCGUCUUGGUGAGACGGCUGAACAAGUGAUCAUUGCAAAUUUCAGUAAUCCACUAAACCUGUUUGUGGAUCGAAACCGAUCUGUCUACGUGACCGAAAAUUCCAAUCAUCGAGUGGUAAAAAUGCAUUUCGGGACAAUGUUAAACAUGAUUGUUGCUGGUGGAUCCCAUGGGAAUGGUACAGAUCAAUUAUCAUCUCCAAACAGUGUCAUUGUCGAUCAGUUGGGCACUGUCUAUGUGGCUGAUACUGACAAUGAGCGAAUCAUGCGAUGGCCUCUUGGAGCUACAUCCAGCAGUGUCAUUGCUGGCGGUCAUGGCCAUGGUUCUCAAGCUGAUCACUUUUGGGAUCCUACUGAUUUAUCAUUCGACCUUGAAGGAAAUCUCUAUGUAGUCGAUCCAAUGAACCAUCGUGUAGAAAAAUUUGCCAUUGAUAAGAGUUUAUGUUAA